ACCAACCAAAUUGAGAGCGAAAAAACGGACCUUGUUCCCAGACGAAAGAAUCUUCUAUCACGUCGCAGUGCUGGGGAUUCUGUUUCGCUUAUUUGCACACCAAACGGGACUCUCGUUAAGGAAAGGCGUUUCGUCCCUGGAUCCUGUGCAGUGCUAGCGGGGUAAUCUCUACUAUGCCAGUGUCCCGAAACCACUCCCGCUCUGUGCAUGAUGGUGUUGACCAUGAGAAGUCUAGAAAAAGACGGAGAUCCGUUAGUAGAGGCAGUGACACAGUGGCUCCAAAGAGGGAUUCCAAUCCUGUUGAGCCUUCCAAACCCCAAGCUGAGGUAGUUGAUAUUUAUGGCAAAACUGGCGGAGCCUACAUUCCUCCCGCUCGACUACGGCAAAUGCAGGCACAAAUCACCGACAAGUCUUCUGAAGCCUACCAGCGCAUUGCAUGGGAGGCCCUGAAAAAAUCGAUUCACGGAUUUAUCAACAAAGUUAACGUAUCCAACAUUUCCGACGUCGUUCGACAAUUACUUUCCGAAAAUAUCGUGCGUGGGAGGGGUCUUUUGGUCCGAUCCUUGAUAACAGCACAAACAACCUCACCGACAUUCACGCAUGUCUUCGCUGCGUUAGUUGCCGUCAUCAACUCCAAAUUCCCCCAGGUUGGCGAACUUGUCCUCAAACGCCUAAUCAACGAGUUCAGAAAAGCUUUCCGAAGAAAUCAAAAGGAUCGCUGUCUCUCCACUGCUCGCUUUCUUGCACACUUGGUGAAUCAGAAGGUUGUGCACGAACUCAUCGUUUUGGAGCUCCUCACUUUGCUGCUGGAGCAAACUACCGAUGACAGCGUAGAAGUGGCAGUGUCUGUGUUAAAGGAAUGCGGAGCAAUACUCACCAAACUUGUUCCCAAAGGAAUACAUGGUGUAUUUGAGCAUUUGCGACGGAUUCUGAACGAAGGAAAUUGUGACAAACGUAUAUCUUACAUGCUUGAAGUAAUGUUUCAGAUUCGUCGCGAUGGUUGGAAAGAUCAUCCUAUCGUAUUGCCAGACUUGGAUCUCAUUCAAGAGGAUGAUCAAAUCACCCAUACCACUUCAUUGCUGGAUCAGGUUGAUCCUGAGGACCAUUUGAAUGUAUUUCGUUUCGAUCCAAACUAUUUGGAAAACGAGGAAAGGUAUGCACAAAUUAAGGCUUCCUUCUUUGAACCCGACGAAUCGGAAGGUGGAUCCGACGACGAAGAUGACAAGAGCGACUCGGAUGAUUCGGACGGUGAUGAGGAAGAUGCGGAUGGUGAGCGGGCACAGAAGGCCUCCGCUGCCGCAGCUGGCGAUCAGCAAACGAUUGUGGACCAGACGGAGACCAAUUUGGUCCAACUGCGCCGCACUAUCUACUUAAUGCUUCAAAGCAGUCUUAGCGCGGACGAGGCAGGUCACCGCCUCUUACAGCUGAAGAUACGCCCCGGUGAGGAGUAUGAAGUCGCCUGCAUGGUGCUGGAUUGCUGUGCUCAGACGCGCAGCUACGAGAGUCGAUAUGGCCGACUCGCACAACGUCUCUGUCGUGUGCUUUUGACUUUUGGAAAUCAACCGUCGGCACCCGGACCUUCGAAACCCAUCCCGGAAGAAAUCGGACCUGGUAGUCGCUAUAAAUCGAGCUCGAAUAAGCAGAACACCGCAAAGAGUUCCGACAACCCAGCACCGGUUGUCGAAGACGCUGGUCCUCCCAGAAGCUAUGUAGCCGAGUUCGAGCGUAUUUUCACCGAACAAUACUCGGUGAUUCACCGCCUCGAGACGGCUAAAUUGAGAAAUGUAGCUCUCUUCUUCGCGCACCUACUCUACACCGACUCUAUAUCAUGGGGUGUUCUCCAGUGUGUUCGCUUGAACGAACGUGACACUACCUCCUCCGGCCGUAUUUUCCUGAAGCACUUGUUCUUGGAGCUUUGCUCUUUCAUGGGUUUGGCCAAACUACAAGCUCGACUUCGCGAUGAGACGCUGCAGCCAUUUUUCGCUGGUAUCCUUCCACGUGACAACCCCAAGGAUACUCGUUUUGCCAUCAACUUUCUCACCACCAUUGGUCUGGGUGGUCUGACUUUAGAUCUACGCGAACAUUUGCAAGCAUCUCGCGAGGCUGCUCUGGCCAAGCGUGAAGCAGAAGCUAAUUCUGCGACCGAAAGCGGUGAGGAAUCGUUGAGCUCCUCAUCCUCGAGCGAUAAGGAUUCGGAUUCAUCCUCCGACUCGGAGGUUCAUCACAAAUCUAAGAAACACUCUGGCGGUAAAUCGAAAUCGAAACGUAAUAAAAAGAAGAAAAAGAAGCAUUCGAAGUCGAGAACACAUAGUUGAUUGCGGCAGCUUGCUGUGAUAAACGUUGAAUCAUAUAUCUGUUGUACAUAUUUUAUUGACCAUGCUAGUAUCCAUAAAUUUGUUUUUUUUCGGUGCAACUGGUAUCAUGAUUCUACCCGAAAACAACCAGGGCUAGCACAAAUUUUUCCAUUUGAUCUGUGUGUAUUUAAACUGGGCGGUUUUAUCCGCAGCGCUAUUUCAGUUUUUAACAUUC